GCCCUCUUUAGCGUGACUGCGGAAGUGGGUGCAGACAACUUGGGAUCUUUGCGCGUGUGCGCUCGCUGCUGCUUUCGGCUGGAAGGAUGCCGGGUCUGGCUGCCGCCAGCUCUGCCCCGCCUGAGGCUCAGGAGAAGAAGCCGCUGAAGCCGUGCUGCGCCUGCCCGGAGACCAAGAAGGCGCGCGAUGCGUGCAUCAUUGAGAAAGGAGAAGAACACUGUGGACAUCUCAUUGAAGCCCACAAGGAGUGCAUGAGAGCACUGGGCUUUAAGAUAUGACAUGGUGGCCUACUUUGUGAAUGAAUGAUCCCUGAAGAAUGAAGAAGAGUAAAUAUUUUGGAAGUUCUUUGAUGAACUUGUUAAGUGGAUAAAGUAUUUAUAAUUUAUUAAAAAACAAAAGGAAAGAAAAUGUGGUAAA